CAGGGGAAGAGGCACAGAGAGCUCCUGCUCCUGAAUUCGCCAGAGGGCAGCAGCAUCGUGCAGGGACUCCCAGCUAUCUCUGUGGACUUUGAGAUUCACAGUCAUCCCUCCAUGGCUCCUUACCACAUCCGCAAAUACCACAUCAGAGACCACAAGCAGGUGCUGAUCCUGUUUGCCCAGGGGAUAGAGGAGCACAUCCCUGCUACAUUCCACCACCUGUUGAAGCUACCCCGAGCCCUCCUGCUCUUGGCUGGAGGGCCCCUCAUUCUCCUGCUGGUCUCUGGCUCCUGGCUCCUGGCCCUGAUGGCAAGCCUCACCUUCCUCAUGGUCCUUAGGUUUGCUGCUGCAAAAUCGAUAUCAACCCAGAGUCCCUGA